UCGUUUUGCGCGUGGGAAACCUCGAGCUUUACUCGGAAGGGUCUUUUAAAAUUGUACAUUCAGAUAUCGGUUUGUUAUCGCAGAGUAAUGUAUUGUAACAAAUAUAUGAGAUAAAAAUGAAUUCUACACCUAUCUGUUUAGUGGAAAUCUUACUUGUAAUAUAUGUGGCCGACAAUAUAAAGGCAAUUACAGUGAAACCAUGUCCAACGAACAAAAUAGCUCCACAUAGGCGAAUCUCAAGUAAUAAUAACGCUCGGACUUUUGGGCAUAUUUUUAGUUUAUUUGUACCUGAUGAUGUACAAGGAAAUUACCCAGGUGGUCUUCAAGAAGAACCACAAGCAGACGAUCCUGAAGACUGUGGCGAAAUAGAGGAUUAUGACGAAAAUGAUUUGAGCUCAGUUACUCAGAAAAAGCAAGGGCAAGCGAAUAAACGCUUUUUUAACGGUCCGUUUAGUUUUAUACAUGGUCAUUAUAAAAAACCAAAAACCACAACAAUUCGCGCAGAGAAAAACACGUAUAGCCCGACACGUCCUCCCCCUGGAGGUUAUUUUGGCACCAAUCCGUAUAGACCUCAAAUGCAGCUAAGCCCAUCAGCUCAUUUAAAACCCGUCCAAGAGUAUAAUCACGAGCCCCAAAUGCUCUAUCGGCCCGGUUUAGUUGGAGUUCCACUUGGCCACGUAGUUGGAAUGCAUCAACUGAAACCUGCGAGGCAUUCGUCUUCAAUCACAACACAAAAUAAAGAAUAUCACAAAGUACAUCCAACCUCACAAUCGCAUAGGCAUCCAAAGGCUAGAAAUGUUAACGAUAAUGGAAUACUACGUUCUUUCAUAGAUUUGUUGUUAUAAUAAAAAUACGCAAUUAAA